UGUUGAGCCGCGCCGAGAACGUUGGGGGCGGACGCGGCGCUGUCGCGAUUGUGAUUGGCCGAUUGCCCUAGACAGUGAGGCGGGGCUCCGAAUUGUUACCUUGAGGUCAUACUGGAACGCCGCGCGCCGUUUCAGGGAUACAAACAAAACAGUGUACGUUUUUACACCACGCUGCAUUAUAAUAUCGUCCAUGGAAGGUUUAAACCAAGUAUUAUCAGAGUAUCCGCAACUCGGCAUUGCUGGGGGAGUUGGAGCCACGAUAUGCGCUGCUGGAGCACUCAUUUACAAAAUUGCAACGAGGAAGAAGCCAUCUCACAUCGAAGUUAAUUGCUGGUUCUGUGACCAGGAUACGGUGGUGCCGUAUGGAAACAGAAACUGCUGGGACUGUCCCAACUGUGACCAGUACAACGGCUUUCAAGAGAAUGGGCACUACAACAAACCAAUCCCUGCUCAGCACUUGGAGCAUCUGAACCACGGGGUGUCUGCCGGACUCGCUGUGCCAGAGACCCCCAAAGUUCUGCAGUGGGUUAAUUGCCAGAUGCUGCUGUGCAAGAAAUGCAAUAAUAACCAGACACUGAAGAUUAAACAGCUGGCUUCAUUUGUACCUAGGGAAGAGGAGAAAUACGAUGAAGAAAUUGAGGUUUACAAACAUCACCUGGAGCAGACCUACAAGCUGUGCCGUCCUUGCCAGACGGCUGUGGAGUAUUACAUCAAGCAUCAGAACCGGCAGCUCCGAGCCGUGCUCUUCAAUCACCAGCUAAGACGCAGCAGGGAGGCGGACAAGGCAUACGUGCAGAAUUCUUACACCCCCAACUUUUCAACUCCUGCCCGGGUGAUAUUUUUACGCAUCUUGGCUUUCCUUAGUUGCGUUUUCUUGGUGGUCUUGGCAGUAUACGGUUCUGAAGACCCCUUUACCCCGGCCAGCUCCCUGCAUUCUCCUCCCGCCCAGCCAAUGCUGAAUCACUCCAACGCGUCGGGGUCCUCGGAUGGGAAUGCCGCCGGUGGUCAGGGGGCUCCGGUCUGGCAGGAGCUGUUCAGUCUGGUUCCCCAAGAGGCUGUGGAGAACCUGAAAGUGGCAUGGGACUAUGGGAAGAGCCAUCAGAUGGCUGUGGUCUCUCUGGGCUUGUUCACAUGCUUAAUGGCUGUUUUUCUUGCCGGACGCAUCAGGCUCAGGCGUAUUGAUGCUGUGGCUUCUGUGCUGUGGCUCGCCGUGCUGGGUUUGCACCUGGUGGAGAACUACCUGAAGACGGACGUCCCCAGCUGGCUGGACGCCGCGAAAUUCAGCACCACCUCUCUGUGUUGCCUGGUAGGGUUCACUGCUGCCGUGGCAACCCGGAAAUCCUCAGGCCAGCGAAGAUACCGUGCACGAAGGUAUCUGUCUGGAGAUUCUGCGACAUCGUUCUACAGCGGUGACCCCGGGGUCCUGUCUCCAGCUCUGUCUGCUUCCUCCGUCUUCCUCCCCACACCGCCCCCCAUCCUCUCCCACCUGGUCAACCACCAGCUCUGCCACCGAGUGCGGAAGGCCUCCCCGUCCUCCCUGCCGGGCCGUCUGAACCGGGCACUGUCCCUGGGAACCAUCCCAUCCAUCACUAGAGCAGAUUCUGGCUAUUUAUUCAGCGGCAGUCGCCCCUCUUCACAGAUCUCUAACUGCAAGGACUCGCCUCCUUCAGAUUAUUUUUCCCUUAAAUCUGGAAGCCGCCCGUCCUCCCCUGGUCCCUCCCCAACGCCCUCAAUCGCGGGCUCGGUGACCUCGACCUCCAGCUCUGCACGGGGCCGGCGCCCCCUCAUCAGCCCUGCGCGCCUCAACCUGAAGGGGCAGAAGCUGCAGCUGUUUACAUCACACAGUGAGGCACUCCCCUCUCCCACGGCUUCAGAUGACACCAACAACACAAGGGGUCCUGUUUUUACACCUGAGCUCUCAGCCCUUCCAGCACACAACCACGAUGCUAAAUCCAUUCUCGAGGGAGGCAGUGUGUUCGAUGAACUUGAUGAAAAGAGGGGAAGUUCGUCCGGGUCCUCCACUUGUCUGGUGGACACUACGACUGGUGACUGCCCUGACAGUGGGAAAGGAUUGAAGGGGCUUCUAGGGAACUCCAUACUGCAAGGUCUUCUCUGCCUGAGUCUGACGGUGAACAUCAUCUACACCUCUGUGUACCUCUACCAGAGCUUGAGAUGAGUGAGAGCAUUCAGAAAGCCAACGCUGCUUCGAUUCUCCAGCCAACAUGUUCCUGGUGCUCGCUGCUAGAACCUCAACCCAAUCCAGGCCCACAAUGGCACCCAACGGACUCUGCAACCGCCUGCUUCUCCAAGACUCCUGGAACUCCUGGCUAGUGCAGGGGAUUUUAACUUUUAUUCUGUGCUAUGUAUUAUAGAUAAAUGAGUUUGGAAGUAAUUAGCAUGGAGGCAACUCUUAGAAAGCUGGUGGUGCUAGGAUGUGUGUUGUCUCCUGGUAUUUAAAAUACAAAGCAAUGUGCUGCUGUUACUGUAUUUGCAGUCACUAAUCGGGAUAUAGAAAUGUACAGUAAAUGUCAAUGGGGAUCAAACUUUGGAGUAUUUGUGUAGUACUUUUUGCGUGCGCAGUAAGAUGGUCGUUUUUGAAAUGUAUAUUGACAGCAAUUGUUUACUGCAGUCUUUAGAAAUGGGUCUAGGUUAUUUUCCUGCUUUUUUUAGUAGACUAGAAAGAAUGAGGACAAAAAACAAAACUUGAAUACAAAAUUUGAUGUUGUUUUGAAUAGCAUAUGUGCUUGUUAUGCUAGUUGGUCGCCAUGUAAAGAUUCAUUAUCUUGUGUACUUUUAAUGGUGCUCUGUUUAUAUGUAUACAUUAGAGCAAAUAGGCUACUGAGAGUUUUGCAUUACAUUGGAUUACUGGUACAUAAUUGCAACUAGAUUCCUAGUGAUUAUGGUGUGCUGUUAAAGGGCCAUUAUAAUAGUGAAUGUGAAAAAGAUAAAUAACAAAAUCUGGAUAAUUCUCACAAUGGCCAGGUAAAGUCAAAAUCAAAUAAAUCCGGUUUUCAAUUGCUCGUCGUUGCUCAGGGUUUGCUCUGUAACUUAUGCAUAUGAAUAUUUUGCCUGUGCAUUUCUCAAAAUUAAUCUGACUGUGAAAGUUGAGCUGAUCCGUAGUAAAUUUGCUUAAAGCUGUUCUGUUUCCUCUUUGUCACUGCCUCAAAUUCUGCAGUCGAAGUGGAAUUAGCAUGAUUCAUCUUGUAAAAAUAAAUCAUACCACUGCCAUGUUGUUUUAAUGUGCACUGGUAAAAGCAAGGCUUGUUCUGUGGGGAUGCUUCGGGAUUUAUUCAGCUCUAUCAGGUUUGAUAACAACACUGUCUCAUCUUUACUCAUUAAAACGGCACUCAAUUAUAACAUAGAGACGUCCAUCUCAGUCAUUGUGUUUUACAAUUGUUGUUUAUAGGUCUUCGUUUUUUCACUUAACAGAAUUCAAUACUUUUCAAUACUUAGGGUUUAGAUUUCAGUUGCACGCUUUACAAAUAAAAUACGUUUUUUUGUUUUUUUUUGUCAUGCCGAGUCUGCCAAACAAGGCACAGAGGCAUGCAUCACUACUGUAAUUAAGAAAUGAGUAAUUAUUUUUGAACAAGACUAUCGUGGCAUGCACAGAAAAACACAGCAUGCAUGUCUUUGUUGUCUGCUGUAGGUAAAAGGUGUGCCUGAGGGGAGCGAAUCUUGAUGGAUUCAACAGGAAAAGAUGAAGGUGCUUCGGUCAUAGUAUCGCUUGCUUAGAAGGGCUGAAAUUAUGCACAGAACUUGCAACAGGACUCCUUUUAACACAACUCAGCAUGUGUUUAAGGUGGGAUUUCCCCGUUGCUGUAUCUAAAUGACAAUAAGGAAUAGGUA